UUCCACGACGUGGUUGAAGUCAUCCAGGGCCCAAGCGCGGGGCAGGUGAAAUAUUCCCCACCCUAUCACUCAGCAUCUGACCCCUGCGCCUGGGUAUGACUUGCAGCAGUCCUAGCAGGGCUGGGUUCGACCUGUUACACACUGCAGUUGGUACAUAUACAGUUGGGCUGGACGAAGAGCUGGCACAUACAGGAGAGGUCUGUUGGUGCGAACACCUGAUUGGGCUGACCCACAGUCAAUACAGCCCUCAAUUGAGCAAAAUUUGAAAUUUUCACCGUCAGGUCUGUGAGGUGAAGAGGCUGUGUUGGGGUUUGGGGUACGGGUGCUGGAGAGAACGGGGGUUGGAAAGCUACUCCGUAAAAAACCUCCGUUAAGCAAAAGAUAUGGAAGUCUUCUGGAAGCCCGCCAAAUUGAUUGCGUAGGUGAUGACUAACAGGGAUUUAGGCUUUCGACCAACUUCACUUUUGGCACACCUCGAAGGAAGGAUCUCACCCACAGCCACAGCAAUCCAAUCCUUUUUCUCCUGUAUUGACUCCUCCAGGGACAUCUUUUUCUAUUACUUAUCAAAAGAUACAGGAUAACCCCCGCGCCUUGCUUUGGCCCAAUAUCAGACUUGCAUAGGCACACACACGCGUUUGGUCGAAGAUGCCCGAGCAAGACAGACAGGACGACAUGUCACUCCGGAGACGUCUGAAUUGAAACAAUUGACGACUCGGUGACUGGCCAGAGACCUCAUUCUUCCUCUCCUCACUCGUCGAUGGUGCAUGGUGGGCCAUGGUCAGAGCCAAGACAGCUACUUAUCGUUAUGUCUCUUGGUCUAGGGUUUAGGUUUUGCACCAUGCGUACCUAGUUGCAACCAAGAUGUCGAUACUACCAUGUGCGGCACAUGUAAGAGACGAGCGAACCAUUGUAUUCUGCUAGCGAUUCCACGAGCCCUAAUCCCCCGGCAUCCCGGUCCGCCGUUGAGGUGAGCCUCGGGAGACGACAGAACAACGGCGAAAAUCCUAGGCGAGAUGGAGUCGAACGGUGCCAAGGGCUCAACUCACCAAGACCCCAUUCUCGACCAUCUUCUCACCGACAUGUCUCUCUCUCUCUUUCUCCCUCUCACGUGUCCUGUUGACCUCAAACAGGAAUUGCCAUUUAUAGCACCCAGUUCGCGCUUUUUUACACCAGCCGUGCUUUUGCUCGGCUGGUCGUGUGCGCUCACCGCCGACUAACUGAGAUGAUUGGAUGGCCAGCGUUGGAGCUACAGGAAGCCGUGAAAAUGGCAGCCAGCGUGAUUAUCCGUACGGAAAUCGGCAGCCAGAGCCCAUGGUGGAUUCGGAACGAGUACUCCUUGGUGAAUCUCCAACUGCCGCUAAGAGGGCUCCUCGUUGCUACCAUCCGGCAAGAAACACCAAGGUCAAGCUCAAGUGGCAUGGACCCGCGGAACCGUGGACGGAGCAGGAAAAUCAUCAUGUUACAUCUCAGUCUCUUUUUUUCUCCUUCACAUCCCGCGCUGGAUCGUCUGAGCUGGUACUCGUCACCAGAGAUUCAACACCCGCCUUUUAUAUCCCUGCUGCAUUACUGCCACAAGCUGUGGUCUUGUUCCGACAGAUGGCCCAUUGUAUCCUUGAUCGCCCGGUCAUCGACCAGCCUCCCCCCAGCAAAUUAUGUCAUGCAGCUUCCCUUUUCUCAACUCAAUCUUCGAUAGCCCUGUAUGGCUCCACCGAGCUUGGGUAGGCAGGCAGGCGACUCACCUCGAGCUGCUUUCCCACUCGUCCCAUCAGCCAUGUAGCUAGGUAUAAGAAUACACUCCGGGAAAGUCGUCGUCCACCCCCUUGAUGCCCGACCGCAGCUCCCGACACCUCAGAGGUCAAAAUGAGCUGGCAGAAGUCUCUGUCUCAGAAACGCGGAUAUUUCCUUGUUCACCUGGUUCUUAAAGAGUAGACAUCUCUGUGGUUGAUUUCCCUCUCUGCUGUCCACGCACCAAGCACUACUACUACACUUUCAGACUUACAAACUCGAUCAGCAACAGAACAUCAUGUCUUCCUCCCGAAAGUCUCGCAUAACAAAUGCCUCCAAUGUCAUGUACACCAAUGCCGUGUAUUGGCCGAACAAUAGGCUUUACAAAGGAGACACCCCCGGCGCCCUGAACUACGGAUGCAUCAACAGAGUCUACUACGCUUUCGCCAACGUGACAGCUGACGGAGGAGUUUUUCUCAGUGACGAGUGGGCAGAUGCUCGAGCACCUUGCGAUGGUGUUCAGGGUGCUCUGGGAUCGUUGAUGCAUCUGAAGCAAAGAUAUCCUCACUUACAAGUGAUUUUGUCUAUUGGCGGAGGAGCUUCAGCUGAGACAUUUCCCAUUGUGGCGUCAAGCACUAUACUCCGUGACAACUUUGCCCGCUCGGCCCGAGGGCUGGUGGAAGCAUCAGGCCUUGACGGCAUUGACAUUGUCUGGGAAUAUCCUUGCAAUCCGCAGCAAGGCAAUGACUUCCUCGCCCUCAUGGCAGCAAUUCGACUCCAUCUACCCGAGGACCAUUAUCUGCUCACCGCUGCCCUGCCUGCAGCCCGAGUUGUCCUUCAGAACAUCGACCAUGGGCGAGCGUCCGAGUACCUUGAUGCAAUCAACCUCGUUGCCUACGAUUUCUUCGGUACAUGGACUCCCAAAGGUGGCCACCAUGCCCAGCUGUAUUCGAUGAGCAAGGAUGAAGAAUCGGGGGCGUCCGGUGUCCAGUUUCUGAUGGCUUCGGGAGUUCCUGCGAACAAGAUCCUUCUGGGCAUCCCAUGCUUUGGGCGAAGCUUUCUCAACGUCACAGGCCCGGGGCAUAAGAAUCGGGGUGCUGGGGGUGAAGAUGGAUCCUUUGACUACAGUCAGCUUCCCAGGAAAGGCACCAAAGAACAGGUGGACAAGCGUGCCGUGGCAGCACAAUGUGUUGGUGGUGAUGGUGGGUUCGUUACCUACGACAAUCCGGACACGGUGAAGAUCAAAGCUACAUUUUGCAAGCAGAAAGGUCUCGGAGUAAGCCUAUAG